AACAUGUCUGCGCCCAUGAUAACAACACACCUCACUCCACCAAGUGGAAAUAGCAUGUUUAACUAUUUUGUUUUUGAAAAUAUUCCCAUAGUACGUUUUUAAAUAAGACUGCAACAAUAACACUGGUGAUGUCUGAAUCGGAUGAAACUACACGACAUAUGGAUAGAUGUGGGAAUCCUGCAGGACUCAAUUUAAAGAAGGUCCAACUCUGUCUGGAUGACGUGCUGCAUAUGUUGCAAAGUUAUCUCCCUUUUUGUAAUGCCCAUUCCAACGACUUCAUCAUCCACAAUCACUGGGAAAACCAUAUCCCUGCUGAGAUCAGAGAAGAAUUACUGGCCAUGUCUGACCAACAGCUUUGUGACUUCCCAGCUAAAUAUAUAGACAUGGUAGAAAAGAAUGUUUCCUGUGACAGCAAAAUAGCUGAACCAAUUGCUGAUGAAUGGAUCCACCAAGAUCUUAAAUCUUACCUUCAAGCAGCAUGUGAUACCAACCUACAGUCGUUGGGUGUAUUGGUUGAUAUAGAAUAUUUGUUCAGUAAAUCAGGACUCGUCAAAGAUGUCCUCCAAAUUAAGAAUUUCAUGACGGAUAAGAAGUCGCACGAGGUGGAUAUUAUGACCUGUGUUUGUUCCAGACUGGCCAGUACCAUGGGAUCUGAUGUGAUUGUUGAUAUGGGCAGUGGUAAAGGGUAUCUGAGUACACAGCUGGCUCUAAAGUGUCACAAGACAGUCGUGGGCAUAGAUGCCCAGAUGAUCAACACAAAAGGGGCCAUAAAAAGGGCGAAAAUCCUCACAAAGCAGUGGAAAGGUCUAGUGCGGAACGCCCAGGAGCUUCAUGAUACAGGGGCCAUCACGAAAAAGAGCAAGAAAUUAAAAAAGAAACUUAAAAAGGAAAGGAUGUCUGUCAUGAUGGCAGAAGAGGGAAAUACAGAAGUGUCCAUGGUAGAGGGGGCUGUCAGAGAGGAGUUUGAUGGACUGGGGAUGAUGUUUGGUGAUGAGGAGGAUGCAACAUUGGUUGUUAGUUCUGAGUUAACGAAAGAUCCCAUACAGGAGCACGGAGAAUUAAACUGGAUGGGUAUCGAUAGACAGUCUCGUCCCAGUGUAACAUUAAAAACACCACCAGGUACAUUAUACAGGACUGAUAUGUCUUCCGAAAUUCUCCCGCAGUCAGAAAGAAAUACGUCACCCAAAUUUGAAAUUGAAAAUUUUGAUGACUUGACACUUGUUGAAAAGGCAACACAAGAUGUUAAUACAUGUAGUCCACAGAACAAUGGUCAUUCAACUUCUAACAAAAAAGAGCAAAAAUAUUCUUCAGAAGUAAAUGUCAAACUAGGUAUACAUGUAGAGAAAGAAAUUCUACAUACUGACUCCAAAGACAUUCGAAAGAAACAACAAAAGAAUUCAGACAAGGCAAUAAAGCCUGAGGCUGAUCUCCCGUAUAUCCCUGUUACCCUUUUUGUGGAUACAUCUAUGGACCUCAUGGAAGUUGUGUCUGAGGCGCUCGCCGAUUAUCCCUCGUCAACCGGUCGACCAGGUCACAAACAAGAGGAGACAACUCUGAUGUUGACAGGUCUGCACACGUGCGGGGCGUUGGGAUCCAGUAUGCUGGAGCUGUUCGUUAAUAAUCCCACUGUCAAGGUGCUGUGUGGGGUUGGGUGUUGCUAUCACUACAUGAGGGAGACUUUCGAUCCAGACUGUCAGGAGUGUGAGGAGGAUUUUCCUGUGGGGUUUCCGAUGAGUCGUUACCUUAAAGACCAGGAAGUAUACAUCGGAAGGAAAGCCCGGAACUUCGCCUCUCAGUCCAUCUACAGACAGGCACAAGACACUGAGUUGUCCUUUGCGACCUAUCCUCGAUGUCUACUCCAGAAGAUCCUCUUGGAUACAGUGGGCCACAUCGAUCCAGACUGGAAAGGUCUUCGUGGACUGGGAGGUAUGACUCCGGACAUGUACAAGUACGUCGUGAAGGCAUUCACCAAACUCGGACUUCCAACUGAUAAGAUAACACCAGAGCUUGUCGCGGAUUAUUGUGAGAGGUACCAUGGAGAGAAGAGAAAACUAGCAGCCUUUCGACAACUCAAGUCUGUGUUAGCUCCAACGAUAGAGGCUAUGGUACUACUGGACCGGGCAUGUUACCUCCUGGAACAGGAAUGUGUCGGUGAAGUUUACAUGGUUCAGAUGUUCGAUCCAGUUAUCUCCCCUCGUUGCUAUGGAAUUGUCGCCAUAAAGAAAUCCUGACGAAACCUUUCACCACAUAUACCAAUGGCCCUGUUCUGACAUCAAAUUUAUUGACAUUUGUAUGACAGGACUAGAAGGAUGGGGGACAGAUCUCGUGCACCUGACCCUAUCUAUGUUCUCCGUGGCUCCCCUAGCCCAGUGUCCAGUUUGACCUUUCACCCCGACGGCCAGCUAUGGUCAGGGGGUCUGGACGGGUGUGUGCACUCCUGGAACAUGGUCAGCAGGCGAUCAGACUUUCACCUGGAUGCCCACCAUGGUCU